AUGGGCAUCAAGCUUGUGGACCUCAACAGGUUCCUUGCCGAUGCUGAUAAGAGGAACAUCAGAGACGAGAGUGUGCAUUCAUGGGUCAGAGGGCUUCGGAAUGCCAUGUAUGAUGCCACCAAUAUUAUUGAUUUGUGCCAGCUCAAGGUGGUCGAACGAGGUCCUUCUUGGGAUAUGGGUUGCUUCAAUCUACUGCUCUUUUGUAUGAGGAACCCUCUCCAUGCUCAUGACAUUGGUAAUCACAACAAAAGCCUUAAUAAGAGGCUAGUUGACAUUGAGAAGCAUAGCAAAACCUUAAACUUCAUCAACCUUGCAUCUUAUGAUGAUGACAUGGAAAAGGUAGAAUCCUACCUUCGCACUAGGCGUGAGAUGAUGGGGGAGGAUGAGUUAGGUGUGGUUGGUGAGAAGAUUGAGGAGGACACGAGAAAUCUUGUGGAUUUGCUCACAAAGAAGGAGAAAAAUGUACAUGAACACAAAAAAGUUAUGGUUUAUGCUAUUGUGGGAGUAGGAGGGAUUGGCAAAACCACCCUUGCGAAGAAGAUCUUUAAUCAUGACUCCAUCAAACAAGAGUUUCAAAAGAGAAUAUGGUUGAGUGUCAAUCAAGAAUUUAGCGAUGUUGAUCUAUUAGAGAGAGCAAUCACUAGAGCAGAAGGAAACCAUCAAGCACCAAGAAACACAAAGGACACACUAGAGCGAACCCUUAAGGAAGCCGUAGAGGGGUGCAAGACCUUAUUGGUGAUGGAUGAUGUUUGGGACCACCAUGCAUGGUAG